AUGGCGUCCAGUCCAUCCCCAAGAUCUCAACGGCAGUCGGCCGCUUCCAAGGCCAACGCGGAAAUGCCCAGUAACGUCUGCUUCCCGUGCCAUACCGGCAAACGAGGAUGCGACAAAGCCGUACCCUACUGUAGCCAUUGCGUCCAGCGCAACAAAGCCGACGAAUGCUACUAUAUCGACCUCUCGUUGAUUGGAAGCGACGGCAUCUAUAACGCCAUCUCUUCCGCCAACGGCAUCCGCGGCGUCGCCUUCCGCGCCGUGCUGGACAUGUUUCCCAAAAGGCAGAUGGUCAAGCACGCUAUCGACGCCUAUUUCUCGGGCGCCAACACCUGGUUCACCAUCGUCGACCAGCCGAAGUUCGAAUCUCAGCUUGAAUCGCUGUGGGAAAACCCCACCCCCGAGAUGUGUGCCCUUGUCCUGUGCAUGUCCCUCAUUGCUACUCCGCCAAACGUCACGACGCGAGUGUCGAGGGGCAAUAAGGAGGGUACAGGCACGGGGAACAACCCGUAUCAUUGUGCCAAGGCGAUUUUGGUGUUGGUUGAGACCAACAGGACGUUGACGGUGGAGAUGCUGCAGGCUGAAUUGUUGGUUGCCUUGUAUGAGUUGAGUCAUGCGAUGCCGAGGGAGGCGUAUUUGACGUUGAAUCGAUGUGUUCACAUGGCUAAGGCGUGUCGGUGGUAUACGAAGGCGUUUUGGGAGGGGUUGGGGGGGAAUCCGAGGCUGAAGAAAUUGUUUUCGGUUUUGUGGUGGGCUAUUCAGUAUUUGGAUUGCCUCUUACACAUCGGCUACGAUAACCCGUCGUACCCGAUGUCAACCGCAGCCCAACCCCCCGACGUCGUGAUCCCUCUCCCGGAAAACAUCAACUCCCGCGUGCCUGGAAGCUUUGGCUCUCCGCUAGGAAUAGGGAGCUCUGAUUACAGUCAGCUCGACGACCUCAAAAUGCCCCUCGCGAGGUCAGCCUGCUUCCUCUGGAAUGUGCUCCAACAACCAGGCGAGUACUCCGGCAUGGACUCUGACGCAACCGAGAUGGCGUCCCGUACAAACCAGAUGCUCUCAGACCGUAACCCGAGUAACCAUGCUGCUGUCUGCACCAAUCUCAUCGCCUUACUGAAAAUGUGGCAACCCCAAUGGCAACCCGCCCUCCUUCACGGCCACAACCUAGAUAUACCUACCUCCCCCCUUUUCCCCUCCGACCCCGACACCGCCAAACUCCACGCUGCCCUCACCACCACCAAAACAGUAAUAAGCUACAUCUGCAACGAAGCCGCUCUCGAAAUCACCAAAUCCCCAUCCCGCCUCCUGACCUUGUCACCCUCCUGGGCGUUUGCCAUGUACUACGCAGCUGUGUUGCUCAUUCAGCACGGGAAUGCCGUAUUGAGAGAGGCAAAUGAGGCAGACUGGUUUGCCAAAGUUGGGGGGUUGAAGCAAGCUUUGGAGAUGGUGGGGAGGAGGUGGAGGAUUGGGGGGUGGUAUGCGGAACGGAUUGGGGCAAUGCUGGGUCAGACUCAGACUCAGAGGGCUGGUGACUUUGGUGUGGGGGUUGGUGAAAGGUCGAGGAGUUUUGCUAGGUGA